GAAAGGAAAAAUUAAUUUGAUUAUAGUUUAGCCAAAACUGGGAAGACAGCUAAACUCCCUUCCCCCUUUCACAGAAACUUUAUGAUUAAUAGAAACAAAAAUCAGGAAAUAUGGCAGAGCCAGGUUAGGCCAGCCAGAGAUCAGUUGUAAUUCUGGUUUUAUUGGCUCCUAUCUGGGGCUUUUUGGUUUCCAUCAUCCACCUAAGGAAGCCAGCAUUUCAUGGUUGCCAGAUUUCACUUUGGCCUCCUUAGUUUCUGUUUCCUGGGAAAAUGAAACCUAGCUCCUUGGCCGCCCAAGCACUGGGCGUGCCCUGCAGCCAGUUGGGGGGGGCUUCAUCAGUGUUGGGGCUGGACAAAGAACACAUGCUCUAGAUAAAUACCGGGGUCCAUUCCACACUCUGAGGACUUCCCUUCACCAGGUUUGGUCCAAUAGAAGCUUUCUGCUCGGCAGCAUGGCCCUUACGUCUGCAAGCAUGCUGGCCUCCUCCCUGGCCACCCAGUUAACAUCAGCAGUGACCAUGGCUGAAGCUGGCGGGGCAGCCUGUGGCACCCUCCUGGCUGGCCUUUCGUCACAAGGGGCCAUGCUGGUAUCCCAGGCUUCCCUGGCCCCUGUGGCAUCUACUGUUGGCUCCUUCCUGUCGGGGUUCUCUGCUGUCACCUCGGCUGCUGCUCCAAUUGGAGGGGCUGUCCUGGCCCCUGUGGCCUCUGCCGUUGGACCUCUGCUGGGGGCACUGAAUGUGGGCUCUGUGGCUGCUGCCCCAAUUGGAGUCAAGGCUGCUGCAGUCGUGACUGGUGGAGUCCUGACCGUGGGUGCCGUGCCCGUGGUUCUGGGUGCCAUUGGCUUCACUGGGACAGGAAUCGCUGCCUCCUCACUGGCGGCCAAGAUGAUGUCCAUAGCUGCCAUUGCCAACGGGGGCGGAGUCUCCGCGGGCAGCCUGGUGGCUACUCUGCAGUCAGUGGGUAGGUGUUCGGCAGGGCUUGCUGGGGAGGGGACGGAGGAACACAGGAGCCACCAAGGACCCAGCCCAGAUCUCACCCGUGGCCCUCGGCCGCAGUCCUGCCUCACCCUCCUCUUCUCUCUCGGGUUUCUCUGAGGGUGGGGGGUGGGGGGACCCCUGGCUAGAGCUGCUGGCUUAGGGCCAGGUCACUUGGAGCAUCUCCUCCCACUUGGGGCUCAGCCUUCCUCUACGCGGAGCAAGGCAGUUCCCGCGGAUCCACCACUGGAGUCCCUCCUGGGCCACUGCCGGCAGCGCCUCUCCCCUAGACCAAGAUGCUGGGGUUCAGGAAACAGAGGGUCUGCUGUGGGGUGCCCCGCCUCGGGCCCUCAUGAGGAGCAUCCCUGGCCCUGCACUUUUGUCCUUCAGAGCUGCCUUGGCCCUCCCCCCUCUGCUCGCCCUCUGCUUUUUCCCAGGAGCAGCUGGACUGUCCUUGUCGUCCAAAAUGGCCCUGGGCUCUGCUGGGUCUGCCAUUAUGGCCCGCAUAGUGGGUUUGUAAUAGUUCCUGCU